GGUGGUUCAUUAGGUCUUUAUAACUUUUUUGUUGGUGCUUUGCUCCCAUGGCAACAGAUCAAUGUGCAAGUGGACAGUUUAGCUUCUAACGUGUUUCGCCCAAGGAGCUAACUCGUCCAUGAUGACACAGUAUACAUUGCCAUUUCUGUUCAUUAAUCUCGGAGGAGAGAUGGUUUACAUACUGGACCAGAGGCUCCGUGCUCAGAACAUAGCAAUCGAGAAAGCUAGAAAAGUAUUAAAUGACAUUGUAAGGAUCAUGUUCAACCACCGUUUCAUGGAAGAGCUGUUCAAACCGCAAGAAAUUUACAACAAAGGCGCUCUCAAGUCACUUUUCUACGACUUGGCCCACGCUUCCAUAAUGAGGCUUAACGAGACGAGUAUGAACAAGCUGUAUGAUUUGAUGACGAUGGUCUUCAAAUGGCAGGUUUUCAGUGCAUCCCAUCCAAGAGAGCUUGUUUUGAUUACGCUAAACCAUCUCGAUUCAAUUCGAGCCUUGGUUACCUGCCCCAUCAUCCAAAAACAGCUAGACACUGCUUAUUUUAUGUUCAUUAAGACCUAUGGCCAAAUGACCUGUGGCGAAUUGCAAAGAGUGAGGUAUUCGUUGUUGAAUUUCUUGCAAGAUGUGAGGAUCAGGGUGUCCCUUCUUUUAAGACAGAGGCUUCAAAAUCCUGAUGGGAGCUUUGUUAUCCCAACUAAUUUGCAACUUUUUUAUGGAAGUGAAACACCAGGAAAAAUCCGCAUAUAUUCAAGGGAAGGUUUGCCAAUAGAUUUAUUGAGUUUUUAUUCCGGUGGAAAAUACACAGCAGCAAGCCAGCCAGGAUCUACAGAGUUAAGGGGCAUAAGGAACACACUGUUGGGGACUAACAUAUACAGUGCUUCGAGAACUGACUCAGAUAGAAGCGAGAUAUCCUACGAUGGUCAGGAAAGGUAUAGAAAAGAGAUCAACCUUCUUGUCGCCCAACUCGGCCAGGAAAAUGUCAGACUACCUGAUGAUUCGUUUUCUCUUCAACUUUUCAGCAGUAACGAACAACCACAAAAUAGUAUGACACAAAUGGAAAUGGAAAGCAGCUCGACAAAUACGACGGAUGAUGCUUUUGAACCUAAUCCUCACACAGAAGCAUUAAACAAAAUUCUAGCUGAGAUGCAACCGCCCAUUACUAAAGAUCAGUCGCAAUUUGAUUUAUUAGACUUAAUGGAAGAAUUGAGUUGAUCUGUAAUUUUAAACCUACGAGGUGUUUAAGGGUGAUGCCAUUUCUUUUCAAUGUCUAUUAAUUAAACUAGAAAUUAAGGUUUGUCAAGACGAAAACUUUCCUUGAAUAUUAUAGAUAAUAUAAAUUAACUACAAAACGGUAGAAAUGGCUAAACCUCCCUUAAACUGAUGUGCUUUCAAAAAAUAAAGUUAUUUUGUUGAAAAUUGCUUUAAUUUCAAUCUAGUUUUAUCUAUGAAAGUCUAAUAACAUGCAU